ACAACAUGACAAUGACUCGGGAGGCGAACCUUAAGGUUAAUCAGAAGGUUUUUCGUGGAUCGACUAUUGUACUUUUGGUUGAGGUUUCACUCCUCCAAUGGUUCCGUCCGUUUCCAGAGCGAUUGGACUGGAAGCAUUCCUUUCGGUUGGAGUGGGUUCUGGGGAAUGCGGUCAUGGAUCCGGAGAGAGAGACAAGAAAGACGGGAAGGGAUGUGCGACAGCAGAGUAUGGGAUGACUUUGCGAUGUCGAUGUCGAGAUGGUGAUGAUGG